AUGUACAAGGCCCUGGAGAACUUUACGAGUUUCCCUGCCCAGCCCGACUGGGAAGAUCACCAGACCGAACAGAAUCUCUACAAGGCAUUGACUCAUAGAAUCCGCGACUUGCAAGUCAAAGCUGCCGUGCUCGUCUCGAAAGCGCUUUUGGGAGAGUCCGAGGCCGAGGAACCCACCGAGCCUACCAUCUCGGAGGAAGAGUUCAAGAGGCAUCUUGAGACCUAUCUUUUCCCGGCUUUGACAAAGGGGAUACCGUCGCUCGUCGGCGACCGAAACCUCAAUUCUACGCACUACCCCAGCUUGACCUUUCAAGAAUUCCUCUCGAUGCUCAUCCGCUUCACCCCGCUCGACGAGCCCGCCGUUGACGAUGACCAGGCGCUGGGCAGGCUUUUGGGCUUGAGGUGUUUUGUGCAGCAGAAAGUUCUCGAAAAAGAUGCGGAAAGGUGGAGGCAACUCUUGCCCAUGCUCCUAGAUCUCGCCUCCAAGAACGUCGAGCUACGGCUUGCCUGCGGCGCAAUCAUUGCCGACGCCGUCGGGCACCUGAGCAAAGGCGAAGCUUCCUGGACUGUAAAGGCGGUCUCGGACACCGCACUCGCAAACACUGCGGAAGGGCUUGCGAUCUGGAUCGCUGCCCUUCAGCGCCACCCAGACCUGAAAUCCGAGAACUGGAAGAAGCCGGUGUCUGCGCGAUCCGCCCCCAAUAUCUUGAGUCUUUUGAAGGAAAGCGCUACAAGAGUCCUUAAUGAAAACUCGGGGCCUGUCAAUAACGGAAAGGCUACUUGGUCCGCCCCUUUACAUUUUGUAUGGGUAAGGCUUGCCAAAUACUUUGGCAAUCUGGGAUCCGCCGGCCAGAAGGACCUCGCAUCCAUUUGGAACCCGGUUGUUGAAGAGUACCUGUUUUCCAAGAAUGCGACGGACCUACAGAAAGCCCGCGGAUUCCUUAUCUUCCAGCGAAUGCUCAUUGAAGUAGCCACAAGCCGCCCCCUCGUCAACAUUAUUUUCAGCCGGAACUUGAUGUCCUGCAUCCAGAAUCAUGCUUCCAGGAAAGACCGCCAUCUUCACAGCGUUGCACUCGAAUCCCUUUCUAUACUAGGCGAGAUUGCAGCCUUGAAACCGGAGAGCGUGGGUCCAAUCGUGAGCAAUCUUCUUGGCCAGAACGGCAGCUAUGAGUUCGACCAGCGGACAAACUCGAAGACCGUAGAGCAAGUCUUGAAGCACACGGCACCCGAAGAGAUCAACCAAGUACUAGAGAUUCUAGAAGCUCCAUUCACCAAGUCCUCGUCUGGAACGGACAAGCUCUCUGCGAUUGGAAAUGCCUAUAUGCGCUAUCUCUACCACCUUGCAAGCACGGGUAGCUCGGUUGAAGCGUUGCAAAAGCUCAGCAUGCUAGCCUUUGGCAGUUCCAAGGCCACCGCGAAAUAUGGCCUUACGGACUCUGCCAGGGCAAACUGCCUGACCCAGCUCGAGUCCGCUCUGGCUAAAUCUGGGCGAUCCACCCAGAAUUUCGAGCUUCUUUGCCAGCUCGUCACCAGCGUGAAGCCAAAGCACAUCGAGCUAGACGAAGAAAUCGCGGAGCAGCAAAAGAUUGCUGUAGAGGGGUUGGAGAAGAUCCUCAAAGAUCCCCAAUUCACCUUUUUCGGGGACCGACAGCUCACCACGUCACUCGCCUCGGCGUAUGCUAUGCCCCUGUUCAUGGCAUACAGCAGAGUGCCGGGCGCGGAAACUCUGCUCAUCGCCAUCAACAGUCUCGCAGAUACCUGCCAAAGCAAGGGGGAUGAUGCGGGGUUGCAGCUCGUCAUCAUCUACAUCCUUUUGCCUCUGAUGUACCGGCCGUCGUCGCUCGGACGGCUGGUCUCGAAGCACAUUUUUGAGGCAAUCGCGCCGAGGCUCGACAUAGAAACAUUACAGAUGUUGAUGGAGCGAUUAGAGUUUACCGAAGACAAGUCUGGCUUUGCCGACUUGGCCGAGUUUAUCGAUGCGCCCGAAGGAUCCGAUGAUGAGGAUGACGAUGACGAUGACGACGGGUCCAACGAUGAAGAAGAUUCCGAAGAGAAAAGCGACGACGAAGACAGCGAUGGUGACUCCGUAGAUGAGAGUGAGGGGACCGCGGAUAUCGAUCAAGCCGCACUCCUCAAGGCCCUCGGCGCCCACCUUCUCGAGACCAAUGGCAAGAAAGGUGAGGGCGAUGAUGGUAGUGGCGCGGGCGAUGACGACGAGAGCGAGUCUGAACCUGACAUGUCAGACUCGGAGAUGAUGGCAAUCAAUGACCAGCUCGUAGCGGCAUUUGACAACAUCAGCGGCCAAGGAGCGAACGAGGCCACUGAGGCGAAGAAGGCGACGGCGGCCGUCGUGCAGUUCAAGAAUAGGAUCUUAGACCUCGUAGAGGCGUACUUCCAGCAACAGUCCCGGAAAACACAGGUCAUUUUUGCACUCUUCCCGUCCCUCGUACGGCUAGCGAACCAGACAAAAUCCUCAGACAUACGGGCCCGCGUUACCGACAUAUUCACGCGCUACAGGAAGCGGUUCCUCAAGGAGAGGAAGCAGUGGCUCGAAGAUGGCAAGCGGAAGAAGCAGAUAGCUGACUACAUCACGCACCUGCAGGGGAUACAUAAGGAAGUGGGUUUCAGAGACUCCCAAAUGUUUGCCAAGGCGGCGUCGGCAGCCUGUCUAGCCAUUGCGGCGGCCAUCGUGGCAGCAGACAAGAAGAAGAUUGGCGAACUAAACAGGCUGCACGAGGAGCUGGAGACUGAAUUGAAGGAGAAGGAUAGGCUGAAGAGAGUGCACAAGAGCUUCUUCCAGACAUGGAAAGCGUACCAGCAGAGUGUAAACAACGAAAAGGAAUGA